AGAUCUUCGAAGAUCCGGUCCGAGCGCGCCGCUUUCGUUUGUUGCCACGGCAACUGGGAGGCGCGAGUGCCCGCGGGAAGGAGGCGCCCACAUUCCUCCCCGCGAGCCCAGGGGAUUGAGAAGUGGCCAACCCUGAGCUCCCAGCCCCGGAGGCCUCGGGGCCAUGGGCCGGAUCUCGGGGCUCGUGCCCUCCCGUUUCCUGACGCUCCUGGCGCACCUGGUGGUCGUCAUCACCUUAUUCUGGUCCCGGGACAGCAACAUCCAGGCCUGCCUGCCUCUCACGUUCACCCCCGAAGAGUACAGGAAGCAGGACAUGCAGCUGGUGGCAGCGCUCGCUGUCACCCUGGGCCUCUUCGCAGUGGAGCUGGCCGGUUUCUUCUCAGGAGUUUCCAUGUUCAACAAUACCCAGAGCCUCAUCUGUAUCCUUUCCCACAGGGCCCAUUUCCAUCACGCACCCCCUCAGCCACCUAACGAGCACUUUGGG